AUGGAUCUCGGUCAAGGUAAAAGAAUCCUCUCUGCAGUUGUGACGCACACGGUUCUUCUUGCAUGUACAUCACUUCUGUCCCUCACAGGAAACGCGCUCGUCUGCGUGGCUUUCUACCGAAACAGAAGUUUACGAACUAUCACCAAUUUCUACGUGUUAUCUCUGGCAUUGGCUGAUCUAAUGAUGGCUGUAAUGUCUGCUUUUGGAGCAGUCGCUUCUGGAUUAGAUAGAUGGCCAUUCGGUUUUACCUUUUGUCAAUUCCACGGUUUCGUCUCAGUUUACUGGGGGCAGGUAUCCACCUACACUCUGGUUCUCACAUCGAUUAAUCGAUAUUUUUGCGUUGUGAAGCCACAAAAAUAUCCCUUGUACUUCACCAGAAAAAGAACAUUUUUUUCCAUAAUCGCUGUCUGGACUUCAUCCCUUGUUGUCACUGUAAGUUUUCAUAUAGCGCCUCUUGUAUACGAGUGGACUUCUGGCAUUUUGUACUGCCGAGCAACGUCUAACGAUGAACGCUUUCUGGGAAUCUUUUAUGUCUUCUUCUGCAGUAUCUUUACAGUAACUAUGAUUAUAGUAAUACUGGGAUAUUUCAGUGUUUACCGUCAUGUCAGCCGACAUAACAUCGCCAUAGUACCUUCGCUCAGACGUGAAGCAAACCGGCAACAAGGAACGCCGAUAAACGCACAGGAAAUCAAGAUCUCUAAAGUACUUUUUGCUGCGGUAUUUGGUUACUGCAUUUGCUGGGUUCCCUUUAUCGUCACGUUGAUUCUAGAAUUUGGUUUCCAAGUGUCCAUUCCUUUCUAUGUACAGUCGCUGUAUACAUUUUCGGUUUCAAUCUCUUCGUGGAUAAACCCUGUUAUCUAUGGCUUUAUGAACCGAGCCAUGCGUAAGGAAUUUGGAAAACUAAUAUUUUGCAGAAAAGGCUCGGAAUGA